AUGGGCAAGAAGACAGGCUCGUCUUCAGGGGAGCUGACCGACUCUGACGGUGCUGUGUGGUAUGCGCGGUGUGUGUGCGGUGACGAGCACUCGUCCCAAGACCGCAAGUGCCGAAAGUGCGCAAAGUCGGCGCUCAUUGCGUGCGACCGCUGCUCGCACUGGCUCCAUCUAGAGUGCCUCCAUCUCGACGAUGACGACCUUCCCGAGAACUUUGAGUUUGUCUACUACGGCCAUACCGAUGACGACGAGGCCGAGGCCAAGGUCGACGCCGACGACGCUGCCGCCAAGGCCAAGGACUCUGCCGUAGCCACGUCCGACUCGGAGCCCAAGCCGGCCAAGAACACCAUCCGCUCCGCCUUUGGUGUCCGCGCCGCGCCACCGACCAAAAAGUCCAAGGCGUCGCGCGGCAAGAAGAAGAGCACGGCGUCAAAGUCCAAGUCCAAGUCGCGGCCCAAGUCGCGGUCCAAAGCGUCGACGGCGCGGUCACGGUCCAAGGCAAGCAAGUCGGCGUCCAAGGCUUCGGCGGCGAAGCGGGGCAAGGGAGGCAAAAAGGCCAAGCGAUCACGGGCUGGCUCGCGCCGCGAGACCAAGGUCUACAUCCACCGCAAGCGCAAGCGGCGGACGACCAAGCCUGCGCCCGCACCUGCGCCCGCGCUCGCUCCUCCUCCUCCACAGGUCAACCAUAUGAAUCCGAUGUACAUGGCGAACCCAUACUCGAUGUAUGGCUACGUCUCGUCGCCGUACUACGGAUUUGCCGCUGCCGCCGGCGGUUACUACGGCUACCCGCACAUGCAGCAGUACAUGGCGGCCCAGAACCAGGCUGCCGCUGCUGCCGCGGCGCCUCCUCCUCCUCAUCCUGCCCAGCAUCAGGACGACGGAUACUACUCGAAUGAGUACUACGAGUACGAGGUCGAGUACGAGUACUCGAACGCAUACCCGUCGUACUCGGCCGACGACGCCUCGGCCGACGACGCCGCGGCGAUGGAGGCGUGGAAGCCCGGAACGCUCGCCAUAGACUGCCGCUCCUUUGGCGAGCUGCCGAUGAUCAAGCUCCGCCACGAGGUCUUCCGCCUCGACUCGCUCCCCAUCGAGUUGCUGAUGUACCUGUUCUCGUUUGUGCCGGCCAUGAGCAAGAUGGCGCUUUAUGCCGUCUCGCGUGGUGUUGCCUACGCCGCCCGCCAGCCCGAGGCCUGGCCGGUCGCCGAGCUCUCGUUUGCGGCGACGACGCUUGCGCUGCGCCCGCUGACGGGCUUGGCGCCAUCGCUGGUCCACACCAAGGUUUUGGACCUCUCUGGCUGCGCUCUCUUUGACGACACUGCCGCAGGCAUGCUCGGCCACGUUCUUGACGGGUUCUCGCUUCGGCGACUGCGGCUCGUUGCCUGUGACGGCUUUACUGGCAUGGGCCUCUACGCACUCGCCACGCACCUCGAGGGCUUGGUUGAGCUCGACCUUUCCGGCUGCGCCGGCCUGCUCGACGUCGACAAAGCCAACGCGGCGUCGCCAGUUGCCGCACCGGUCACCCACCCUGCGCUCAUGUCGUACGCCCACAAGGCCUUUGUCCUUCUCGUCGCCGCCAACCCCAAGCUGCGGAUCCUGCGCCUCGAUGGUGCUCAGGUUCCUCCGUCGGCGCUCCGCUACAUCGCUGCCACCAGCAAGUCCGGAACCAUCCUUGCCGGCCUCCGCGAGCUCUCGGUAGUCGGUGUGCCUGCGGUCGGCCCGCGGCUGGCGUCGGCGCUCCGCUCGCGGUUCCCGCCGCCGGCCGUUGUCCAUGUCGACGCUGGCGGCAAGCGCAAGCUCGCCCGCCCGCAUCACACCGGCAUCCUCUACUCUAAGCUUGCGCCGCAAACCGCCGAGCUCUACGCCGCAGCUCGUCAGGCGCUCGCCGACCGCGACCUCGCCACCGCCGAGAGGCUUGUUCUCGAGGCUACCCAGGCCGCGCCCCACUCGGGUACCCUCCGCACUCUCCUCGGGCGCAUCCUUGUCGCCGCCGGCGAGCCGCGGCGGGCCGACGCCACCCGCACCCUCAAAGCCGCGCUUGCCGCCACCUCAUUUGUUCCCGGCACUGCCCACGAUGCGCCGGCCGCCUACUACCGCCACGCCGCCCAGUUUUCCCCUUCCGAGGUCGACACGCCGGCCUCGUUUGCCCGCCUACGACGCGCGCUCAGCCACGCUGCUCACUUUGGCGUGGGCAUCGAAGACGUCCUCGACUCGAUGCGUGCCGUCAACGACGCCGUCCGCGCCCGUGCCGCCACUGCCACUCCGCCGCCGCCCGACGUCUCGGACGAGCGAGUUGCCAUGCUCAUCAAGCACUUUGCGACGUAA